CCACUCCGGGUUUUCCUCUGUGCCGUUGGGCUACUCACAGCCUCUAGCUGGUUUUGACUAAACUCUCGUCCUGAUAUCGCUCCGCUGGCAUGGAGGAGGAUAGGUCUUGAUGAUUGUGAUGGUGGCAGCGAACAGCUACUAGCGACCAGCCGAGAGAUCACGGCCACCGCGGGUGUCUUCAGGAUUUCGCUGUGCACCAGUUCACGGGACCCGGUUCCCUAUCACGACAACUCUUCUUCACGUUCAGCUUAAGGAUUUUUACCGACCAAACCAAUGAAAUGCAGCAAGUUCACGGAGCAACUCCGGAGCCCCUUCGGUUCAAACAGCAAAACUUUUUCACAAAGGACAACAUAAUAAAACAACGGCGAGCUCGAGGCAGCGUCGGUCUGUUAUGUGUGUGAGUGGGAAUCGGAGGCAGUGAUGAUCGCCUGUAGCUUAAUAUCCGGUUGUUUCCUAUGGACUUAUUACCUUUGCUAAUAGUCUGGCCGCGGUUGAUGUGUUGAUUUAUACGGACCAGCUUGCUCGCUCUUGAAGCCUUCGUGCUGGGCUAUGGGAUAUUGUUAUCGGUGUUUUUCAUGGACGGGACAAGGUGAUAUUUGAAAACCGUGUUGAAUGGUGGAGCCUCCGCGUCCUGUCCCGAAGGAGGGAACAAGAAUCAACACCGAUCACCGUUUGUUUACUGUCCUUACGGUCAUUUGAAUCACCCGGUCCGUCUUGUUCGUCAUUUAAUCUAACUACCAUCUCCCGUUUCCCAGUAACAUUUAUCCUAGAAGACGAAGAGACUACUUUGAGGCUUGAGGGGAAUCAAAACUUAGUCCAAAAUACUAUCAUUUCGGGUGAAUGAUGGGGGACUUUGCAACCCCCGCUGCCGCGAACGGCAGUAACAUUUGCAUCAACAACAAUGCCAUGGCGAGUGGCAUGAAUCCGGGUGUAAACCCCAACAACGUGGGCAUACCCAAACACAGCACGGUCGUGGAGAGACUACGGCAGAGGAUAGAAGGGUGCAGGCGGCACCAUGUCAACUGUGAGAACCGUUACCAGCAAGCCCACGCCGAGCAGCUGGAGCUCGAGCGGAGGGAGACGGUGAGUCUCUACCAGCGGAGCCUGGAGCAGAGGGCGAAGAAGUCUGCCAACAGCAAGCAUCAGAGUAAACAGCAAGACCCCGAGUCGGCGUCUUCGACGGAGCAGAGGAACAACACACUUAUAGCGCUCCAGGAGACGGUGAAGAGGAAACUGGACAGCGCACGCUCGCCCCUCAAUGGUGACCAGAAUGGGAUCUGCGACGGGAGCUAUUCUCCGACCACCAAGAGGUUACGAAAAGACGGACCAGGAUCGGGCGGACUGGACUCUCUCCCCGGCCUCCCCAACAACGCCCCCCCCCAUUUCCCCGCUCCACCAGAUGGACAUCAAGCCCUUACUGGGAGUCACCGGGAACCCCAACAACCCCAGCGUCAACAACAACAACAACAACGUGAAUGUCAACAACUGUAACUCCGGUCCCGGCAGCAAUGGUAGCCAUGGCAACCACCCUGGCAGCGGCUUGGGCUCAGGUCGCCCGGCUGACGUCAAGCUCAACGGCGAUCUCCCCAACGUCAAGCUCAACGGUUCCUUAGACCUGGAGGACGGCUUCGGACUCCUCAAAGACCUGAAACAGGAGCCGCUCGACGACGGGGGAGGGAUCGAGUCGUCGGACACGUCCUUGUCCAAUCAGAACAAGCUGUUUUCGGACAUCAACCUGAAUGACCAGGAGUGGCAGGAGCUGAUUGAUGAGCUGGCCAAUACGGUGCCGGAAGACGACAUGCAGGACCUCUUCAAUGAAGACUUUGAGGAGAAGAAGGAAGCAGAGUUUACCAGGCCGGCCAAUCAGACCCCAGUACCGCAGGACCCGCCUCCCAUGGCCACAGUGGCUCAUCAACAGACGAACCAAGCGCAGGGGGCGGCACAAGUCCCCAUGGGUUCCCCACAGGUCCGGCCGUCGUCUUCGGGCCCUCAGUUUGCCACCGCCGCCAACGGAACACCGCCCCAGCAGCCUUUGCAGCAGUCCCCACAGGUCGCCAUGGCCUCAGGCUCCCCUCUCCCCAACUGUGUGGCCCGGUCGCCGCAGACGCCCACCCAGGCCCAGACGCAGGCCGGCCCCAGACCAGGGAAUGGAUUUAUGAUGAACCCAGGCCAAGGUGUGGGCCAGGCGGGUACAGGAUCCAAUGGCCCUGGAGUCCCCACUGGAAUCCAAGGGCCUGGGCCGGUGACCUCUGAACUGUCGCCUGCUGAGCAACUGAAAGCGAUGGCGGCACAGCAGCGCGCUAAGCUAAUGCAGCAGCAGAAACAACAGCAGCAACAGCAGCAGGCUAACUGGUCCCCAGCCGGAGCUCCAACCAGCCCCUACGCCUCUGCUCCUUUCAACCAGCAGGACAAGCCCAACAGCCCGAUGAUGUACCCACCUCAAGCCUUCAACCAGCAGGACAAGCCCAACAGCCCGAUGAUGUACCCACCUCAAGCCUUCAACCCUGGCCAACAGGGCCCCCUGGUGGCUGGGAUGACCUCGAGCAACGGCCCCAAAGCUCCCAUGAACAACUACCUCCCUCAGAACCCCCACAACCACAUGGGCAUGAUAAGUCAACAACAACAGACAAACAACAUGGGCGCCCAACAGAACACCCUCUCUAAACAACAACAACAACAACAACAACUACAACAACAGCAAACGGCAGCCAUGUUGUCCUACAGCAACACAAAGCCGCUGAGUCACUUCAGCACGAUGGGGGUCGAUCACAUGGGGCAGAGGAUGACCCCGCCCAUGGGAUCACAGGUCAAGAACCCCAUGAUGCCCCCAUACAUGCAGCAGGGAGGGGUGCAGGGGGCGGGGCCGGGCCAGACCCAGGGACCAAUCCCGGGCCAGACGGCUCACCUCAGCGAGGAGCAGAAGAGGAUGCUGCUGAUGAAGCAGAAGGUGCUGAACCAGAGCAUGCCCUACAGCGCCAUGCAGCCCCACGGACAGGAACAAGGUGUGGUGGGAAUGUCACGGCAGCCCGGUGCCGUCCCUCCCCCUCACCCUGCCGGGGGUGUGGCCUCGGGCGCGGGGCCCAAUCAGGGCACAGGGGCCCCUCCCGGUUACCUGGGCAACCAGCAGCAGGCGGCCAUUAUGAAACAGAUGAUGGUGAUGGAGCAGGAGAAGAGAGUUCAGCUCCACAUGAUGGAACAACAGAAACAACAGCUACUGAGAGAACAGAGACAGCAGCAACAACAGCUAUUACUGGCUGAACAGCUCCAGCAGCAGCAGCAUCUCCCCAGACAGAUGGUCCAGGGUCAGAGAAACCCCUACCCACAGGUCAACCAGUAUCAAGGAUCACCCCAGGAGAUGGCGGUGAGGAGCCAGGCACUCCAGAACAUCCGCGCCACCCGCCUCCUCCAACAACAACAACAGAACCAGCAGAUGGUCCAGAUGAACCAGGGCAUCCCAGGUGGCUCGGUGGGUCCCCAACUCGACAUGGGCCUCCCCUACGGCGGGCAGGGAGCCGGCCAGCAGUCCCUCUACAGCCUCAACCCCUCCAUGAGCCAAAUGAUGCAGCACCAGAACCAAAGCGUCCAGGCCUCCAUGGGUCUUCCACCAGGACACAACCCAGCGGCGCAGGUCCAGAGGCAGGCGGGAGGAGGGGUUGGAGGUGGAGGAGGAUACGGAGGACCACAGGGGAUGAUGAUGAACUCCAUGUCCCAGCAGCCCCUCAAGGGGCCGCCCAAAGCCCAGGCCCAGAGGUUGCAGGGCAUGCUGGGAAUUGGAGGAGGACCGGGAGGAGGAGGACCACAGGGAGGGAUGGGAGGGUGGCCACCCCAGCAGGGGCAGUCCCUCCAGGGGAUGGGAGGGCCAGGAGGGGUAGGAGGACCAGGCAGGACUACAGGCGAUAUGGUGGGCUUUGGCUCGGCCCAGGGGGGCUACGGCUCCAUGCAGCCUGGACCCGGACAGCAGCCUCCACACCCACGCCUGGCCAAGCAACACUUCCCUGGGCACCCACAGGGCCACCCCCAGGCUAUGGGUCAGGGCCAGCCCAUGGACCCCAGGGCUAUGAACCCUGCGGCGGGCAUGGCCGGGCCCAUGGACCCCAGGGCUAUGAACCCUGCGGCGGGCAUGGCUGGACCAGGACAGCCAAGGACCAACCAGCCCAGACCCAUGGUAAUGCCGGGACAGGGGGUGAUGGGCCAGGGCGUGCCCAACAUGGGGGCCUUUGGACAGGGGCCGGCGAUGGGGGUGGGCCCUGGCGGUGGAGGAGGGUAUGUGGGACAAGGAGGGGUAGGGGUCGGAGGUCAGCCUCAGGGCUACCAGAGGACGUCUAGUCAGGACCUGUCAUCUUAUGGAUACGUUGGCGGGCAGGUGGCGCCGUCGGGCGGAGGGUUCGGAUUGGCCGACGGGACAGGGGCGGACUUGGACUCAAGUGACGGUUGGAUGGAAGAGUUCUUCCCCAACCAAUAGCAGAGCUGGAAAUGUAGUGGGGAGUUUUUACUGGAGGGACUAACGACAAAACUGCGUGGGGAAAACUUUAUUGAGACGAGAGAACUGGACAGACGGACGGACAGUCGGCAUAUUCUGCUUUGUAAAGAACGGACAGGAAGAGUUCUGUGUCGUGUAUUUAUAUGUGUGUGUGUGUGUGUGUGUACUGUCACGGUAUUUAAAAGGCCUCUAAUGGUAAACGCGGUCUGGUGGUUGUGAAAUAUCAUUCAAGAAAGGGAAGUGAUUUUGGUUUUGUCCUUUUGGGCCGUGAUUUGAACCCAACCCUUUAGCAGUGUGUCAACUGGGCCCAUAGGUUCAUACAGGAGAGACGGGAGACUGACUACAAGACAGGAGAGACAGGAGACUGACUACAAGACAGGAGAGACAGGAGAGACUGGGACUGACUACAAGACAUGAGAGACAGGAGACUGACUACAAGACAGGAGAGACAGGAGAG